CGAGCGUGAUCGGCGCUGAUGUUUAUUUAUAUUUAAUAAUAAAAGACUCGUUUUUUUUUUAACUUAAUUACGCGAAUUAAUGAUGAAUACGUUGAAAGUGUUGCGAGUGCUGCGGAGGGUGCAGAUCCGGGAAUUGGGGACGGCCGUCCAAGCGAGCCCCGAAGAAUCUAUAACUGUGGAUAAAGAACAGGAGAUACUGAAGCAUCCGGAUUACUUCAACGUGCAUAAUCUGUUCACCGUUGAAGAUCUGUUCAAUGCUAAAGUGCAUUUCGGACAUAAGCUGGGUUCCCUCAAUGAGAAGAUGGUUCCUUUCAUCUACGGCUCUCGCCUCGGACAUACCAUCUUUGAUCUGGAUACCACUGCAGAAUACCUGAGGAAAGCUUUGAAUGUCACCGCUCACGUUGCGUACCGUGAGGGACUCAUUCUGUUCUUCCACAGAGGGGCACAGAAUAUGCAUUUGGUGGAAAGGACAGCGAUGGAGUGUGGAGAGUAUGCACACACUCGCUUCUGGAGAGGAGGUAUUUUCACAAAUGCCAACAAACAAUUCGGCGCUGUCACCCGUUUACCCGACCUGUGCAUAUUUAUGAACACUUUGAACAAUGUGCUAAUCGAGCACACAGCAAUUAGGGAUUCAGCUAAGAUGGCGAUAGCCACUGUCGGAAUCGUCGACUCGAAUUGCAACCCGAAUAUGAUCACUUAUCCGGUCCCCGGAAACGACGAUUCCCAAAGCGCCAUAUCCCUUUACUGCAAACUGUUCAAAGCGGCCAUCCUUCGCGGCAAGCAAAAAAGAAAAGAAGAUUCCCAAUAGAUAUUAUUAAUCUAGAUAUUAGUAGUGGUACACAGUAAUUUAUAAAUAAAGAUAAUCUGGUUGCA